ACCCUGUCACGUGACCCCGUGUUGACGGAAAUGCUUCAGGAAUGGCGAGAAACGAAGAGAAGCAGUGUGGCAGACUCAACAGACUGUGGCUCCAGAAAGAGAGAGAGGAGGGUCGCAUUAAAGAUGUCCACGUGUCAAGGCCAAAGCUUGCAACGUUAAACUCAGUGGCAGCGGUGAAGAAGUGGAUGCCGAGCAUCAAGAAGGAGAUCGAGUACUGUCUGCAGCAGUCGCAGUUAUCUCACUACCCAGAGAGGAAGAUAAAUGAGUUCCACCAUCAUAUUGAGGAACUGGAGACUGAAUACAAACGUUACCUGAAGAAACUACGCUCACUGGACCCUACCUGCAAACACAAGCCUUGGGAACCUCGAGCAUAUGCCAAGAGGAGGCAGGAUCCAGGCAGCAAUCAAAACACCUCUAAAAAACUGUGCCUCCACAACCCAAGCAGCCUGAGUAGAGAAGAAGAGGAUGUUAAUGAGGACACCAACCCAGAGGAAGCAGGAAACCACGCAUCUCACAGUAUUAUUCAAGAAUUACCCACCCCAUCAGCUCCUGCUCCCACCAGAGCCUCAGACCUCCCAGACCAGGACCUCCCGCUGUGCUUCGAUCAGUCCCGACUUGCUGUGGCGGUGGCUGGUUCACGCGUGGCUCUCGCCGGGCAGCAGCAGGACACGGGUACACUGACACGAGUGCUACUCGCCGGCCUGCCCAACCUCCACAGCCUCCCGCUAGCACAGACAGCAGCCAAAGAAGCUACACGUCAGCCAUCCAGUGCUGAAACAGCCCAGAGGAAAACUGAACAUUUACUGGGACUCGGCUGCUACUCGUCAUCCUCAGAUGAAGAGACAUAGUUGAAUGAAAUCGUUAUGCUCAUUAGCUGAUGAAACAUUCAUAGUUUUUCUUAAUUAUUAUUAUUAUUUUCAGUAAAAUGGUUCUAAACAUUUAAAGGGACAGUUCAUCCAAAUAUUAAAAUAGUCAUCACUUACUCACCCUUGUGUCGUUCAAAACCUGUAGAUAAUCUUUGAAAACACUAAUGAGGAUAUUUUUAAUGAAGUCUGAAAGGUUUCUGUCUCUCCAUCGAAAGUCCAGGUAAACAAAACCGGAAUCGACCGGCUUAAUUCAAGUCUUUUUAUCGAUGAACAGAAUUCAUUUGCACACACAAGAACCAAUGAGGUUUCUUUUCGUCCAUGUUCAUCACAUGGGAUUUGCUAUAUGCAAAUAAAACCCGGAAUAAACUGUUCAUGAAAUAAAUAAAAAAUAAUUGUGUGUCUUCAGAGAUGCUUUGGUUACCUGGUCUUAAAUGGAAAGACAGAAACCUCUUAGGUUUUAUUACCAAUAUCUUUGUGUUUCGAAGAUGAAUUUAUGGGUUUGGAAGUAAAUGCUGAGAGAAUGUUCAUGUUUGGGAAAACUAUCCCUGAUAUUCAAAAUAUAUCUGAUGCAUGAAAGUGAAACUUGAAAGUAAGACAUUUUCGAGUGAACCUUGAAAGCUGUAAAUCACCUGUGUUUGUGUUCAUACUAUUUGUCUGAACCUAGUUUAUUCAAGCUAUGAAUGUGUUAAGCAGGGUUAAGAAAAGAACGGAAAUGGUUGGCGUGUGGUUGAAGUAGAAUUCUGAAAAAGGAUAUUAGUGAUUACUUAUCAAAAACAAACUAUGAAGUGUUUACCGUUACAUGUCUGAGAAAUACAUCUUCAGUAUAUAUAAAGUUUCGAUUUCAACCACAAAGGUUUUUUUACAGGAUGAAGCCAUAUUUUAAGUGGCAUAACAACUGUGUCUGUUCACACUUUACUCACUUGUGCUUGACGAAUGUACUGGUGUUUCAAACAAAACACUGAUCUGAACACCUCCUAAUGUAAUGGUUCAACGGUUUUUGUUUUUUAAUCAUUAAAGCACCAUGAAGUCAGUUCACG